AUGGACGGACGCUCACUUGAUCUUCUUCCCCUCCAAUACCUCUCGGAAAUGGAAAGUCACGGCUUUACCAACGUUGCGGAGCACGUCUAUCGUAUACCACUCAACACGGCACAGCCGAUGACCCAGAAAUCGGUUCUGGAGAGCUGGGCAGACGGAUUUGAAGCGUACAGCAUGGAUUUACUGGUUAAGCACCUAAGAAAGCGUCAUCUUGAAGUUUUCCUCAUCUGUGCUGCGGCGCGUCAAGCCCUGCGGAAAGGGGUGGAAGGCUGGCUCGAAAUCCGUAUAACGUCCGGGCGAAAACCAACAGCGCCUCUGUAA